GGCUCAUGUAAUCAAAGAAGUUUCUUUGUUGUGUGUAUCUUUUCAGAACACAACAGGAAUUGAAAAUGAAUCAGGACACUGAGCCUGUUGCAGCUGCUGAGAGCCUGGCUGAGGUACCUGAACAUGUGCUCCGAGGACUUCCGGAGGAAGUGAGGCUUUUCCCAUCUGCUGUUGACAAGACUCGGAUUGGUGUCUGGGCCACUAAACCAAUUUUAAAAGGCAAAAAGUUUGGGCCAUUUGUUGGUGAUAAGAAAAAAAGAUCUCAGGUUAAGAAUAAUGUGUACAUGUGGGAGGUAUAUUACCCAAAUUUGGGAUGGAUGUGCAUUGAUGCCACCGAUCCAGAGAAGGGGAACUGGCUGCGAUAUGUGAAUUGGGCUUGCUCAGGAGAAGAGCAAAAUUUAUUUCCACUGGAAAUCAACAGGGCCAUUUACUAUAAAACUUUAAAGCCAAUCGCGCCGGGCGAGGAGCUCCUGGUCUGGUACAAUGGGGAAGACAACCCCGAGAUAGCAGCUGCGAUUGAGGAAGAGCGAGCCAGCGCCCGGAGCAAGCGGAGCUCCCCGAAAAGCAGGAAAGGGAAGAAAAAAUCCCAGGAAAGUAAAAACAAAGCAAACAAAACUGACGACCUGCAGCUGAAGACAGGCGAGCCAGAUUCUGCUUCUGCAAAUAUGAGAGAUUCUGCAGAAGGUCCCAAGGAAGAGGAUGAGAAGCCUUCAGCCUCAGCAGUGGAGCAGACAGCCGUUCUUCAGGAGGCGGCUAGUCAGGAUGUGCUUCCAGAACUAGUGGUCCCCCCCACCGCCUGUGAGCCCCACACAGAACCGGACGAGAAGCCAGAAGCCACGAACUGUGAGGUGAAUGAUUUGGAGGAAGAGGAGGAAGAGGAAGAGGAUGAAGAUGACGAGCUGGAGGAAGAGGGGGAGGAAGAAGCUGACAUGCCAAAUGAAAGUUCUGUAAAAGAGCCAGAAAUACGAUGUGAUGAGAAGCCAGAAGAUUUAUUAGAAGAACCAAAACAUGUUUCAAAAGAAACUCUUGUGAGCUCUCUAGAGCUUCCACCUGUUACCAGAACUCCCAGAGCUAAGGAAGAGGCCAACGGUGAUAUAUUUGAGACGUUUCUGUUUCCGUGUCAGCAUUGUGAAAGGAAGUUCACGACCAAACAGGGGCUGGAACGUCACAUGCACAUCCACAUAUCCACGGUCAAUCAUGCUUUCAAGUGCAAGUACUGCGGGAAAGCAUUCGGCACACAGAUCAACAGGAGGCGGCACGAGCGGCGCCACGAGGCGGGGCUGAAGCGGAAGCCCAGCCUCCCUCUACAGCCAUCCGAGGACCCCGCUGAUGGCAGAGGACCCGGAGACAGUGUUGCUGCGAAAGAGGACUCGCCGCCUUCCAGUCUCGGGCAAGACUCUCUGCUCCUGCAUUCAGAGAAAGCUCCCCAGGAAAGCGUCGGUUCUUCUGUUGUGGAAGAGAAUGGGGAAGUUAAAGAGCUUCAUCCGUGCAAAUACUGUAAGAAGGUUUUUGGAACACAUACUAACAUGAGGCGGCAUCAGCGCAGAGUUCACGAGCGCCAUCUGAUUCCCAAGGGCGUGCGGCGGAAAGGGGGCCUCCUGGAGGAGCCACACCCCCCUGCCGAGCAGGCCCCACCUGCCCAGAGUGUCUACGUGCCUAGCACGGAGCCGGAGGAGGACGGGGAGGCAGAUGACGUGUACAUCAUGGAUAUCUCCAGCAAUAUCUCUGAAAACUUAAAGUUCUAUAUUGAUGGCAAAAUUCAGACCAGCAGCAGCACGAGUAACUGUGAUGUCAUCGAGAUGGAGUCCAGCUCGGCGGACUUGUAUGGGAUAAAUUGUCUGCUUACUCCAGUAACGGUGGAGAUCACCCAAAAUGUAAAGACGGCACAGGCCUCCAUAGCAGAGGAUCUUCCUAAGGAGCCUUCUGGGGGCACCAACAGUGAGUCCAAGAAGCGAAGAACGGCAAGUCCUCCCGCACUACCGAAAAUCAAAGCUGAGACAGAGCCUGACCCCUCGGUGCCCUCGUGUUCCUUACUGCCUCUCAGCAUAUCCACGUCAGAGGCGGUGUCUUUCCACAAGGAGAAAAAUGUGUACUUGUCAUCGAAGCUCAAACAGCUUCUUCAGACCCAGGACAAGCUAACUCCUCCUGGGGGCAUUUCAGCCACUGAAAUACCGAAGUUAGGGCCUGUUUGUGUGUCUGCUCCAGCAUCGAUGCUCCCCGUAACCUCGAGUAGGUUUAAGCGGCGGACCAGCUCUCCACCCAGUUCCCCACAACAUAGUCCUGCCCUUCGAGACUUUGGAAAGCAAAGCGAAGGCAAAGCAGCAUGGAGUGAUGGAGUUCUAGGUUCCAAAAAGCCCAAAUUAGAGAGUCAUAGCAACUCACCUGUGUGGAGUUUAUCUGGGAGAGAGGAGAGAGAAACUGUGAGCCCACCAUGCUUCGACGAAUAUAAAGUAUCUAAGGAGUGGGCAGCCAGUUCUGCUUUUAGCAAUGUGUGCAACCAGCAGCCACUGGAUUUAUCCAGCGGUGUGAAACAGAAGGCUGAGGGUACGGGCAAGACUCCGGUCCAGUGGGAAUCUGUAUUAGAUCUCAGUGUGCAUAAGAAGCCUUGUGGCGACUCUGAAGGCAAGGAGUUCAAAGAAAACCAUCUGGUGCAGCCAGCCUGCAGUGCUGUAAAGAAAAAGAAGCCAACCACCUGCAUGCUGCAGAAGGUUCUUCUCAACGAAUACAAUGGCAUUGAUGUACCUGUAGAGAAUACUGCAGAUGUGACCCGGAGCCCGAGUCCUUGUCAAUCCCUGGACCCCCAGCCAGACCCUGGCCUUGGCCCGGACUCGAGUUUAUCUGCCCCUGUGGUUGAGUCCCCACCUGAUGUCUCUCCUUCCUCGCCUGCCCUACAGGCCUCUUCCCUUUCUUCUGGGCAGCUGCCUCCUCUCUUGAUCCCAACACACCCCUCUUCCCCCCCAGCCUGUCCUCCCGUGUUGACUGUUGCCACGCCACCGCCUCCACUCCUUCCCACCGUCCCUCUUCCGGCCCCCUCUUCUGAGGCGUCUCCCCAUCCGUGUCCCUCUCCGCUCUCGAAUGCCACCGUGCAGUCCCCGCUUCCCAUUCUCUCCCCGACAGUGUCUCCGUCACCCUCUCCCAUUCCUUCCGUGGAGCCGCUCACCUCUGCUGCUUCGCCGGGACCCCCAACCCUUUCCUCGUCGUCGUCUUCGUCUUCCUCGUCUUCCUUCUCCUCUUCGUCUUCCUCCUCUUCCCCCUCGCCGCCACCGCUCUCAGCUGUAUCAUCUGUUGUUUCCUCUGGGGAUAAUCUGGAAGCUUCUCUCCCCAUGAUUACUUUCAAGCAGGAGGAACUAGAGAAUGAUGAUCUGAAACCCAGGGAAGAACCCCAGUCUGCAGUCGAACAGGAGAUUGUUCAGGAAACAUUCAACAAAAACUUUGUCUGCAAUGUCUGUGAAUCGCCUUUUCUUUCCAUUAAAGAUCUAACCAAACAUUUAUCUGUCCAUGCUGAAGAAUGGCCCUUCAAAUGUGAAUUUUGUGUGCAGCUUUUUAAGGCUAAAACUGACCUGUCAGAGCAUCGCUUCUUGCUUCAUGGAGUUGGGAAUAUCUUUGUGUGUUCGGUGUGUAAAAAGGAAUUUGCAUUUCUGUGCAAUUUGCAGCAGCACCAGCGAGAUCUCCACCCAGACAAGGUGUGCACCCACCAUGAGUUUGAAAGUGACACGCUGAGGCCCCAGAACUUCACUGAUCCCAGCAAGGCCCACAGAGAGCAUAUGCAGAGUUUGCCGGAAGAUCCUUUAGAAGCAUCAAAAGAAGAGGAGGAGCUUAAUGAUUCCUCUGAAGAGCUUUACACGACCAUAAAAAUAAUGGCUUCUGGCAUAAAGACGAAAGACCCAGAUGUCCGGCUGGGCCUCAAUCAGCAUUACCCGAGCUUUAAGCCACCCCCAUUUCAGUACCAUCACCGAAACCCUAUGGGCAUCGGCGUGACGGCCACAAAUUUCACUACCCACAAUAUUCCACAGACGUUCACCACUGCCAUUCGCUGCACAAAGUGUGGGAAAGGUGUUGACAACAUGCCAGAGUUACACAAACACAUCUUGGCGUGUGCUUCUGCCAGUGACAAGAAGAGGUAUACCCCCAAGAAAAACCCAGUCCCCUUAAAACAGACUGUACAGCCCAAAAACGGUGUGGUGGUUUUAGACAACUCGGGGAAGAACGCCUUCAGACGGAUGGGACAGCCCAAAAGACUGAACUUCAGCGUCGAGCUCAGCAAAAUGUCCUCGAACAAGCUCAAACUAAACGCAUUGAAGAAAAAGAACCAGCUUGUCCAGAAAGCAAUCCUUCAAAAGAACAAAUCUGCGAAGCAGAAGGCCGACUUCAAAACCGCCUGUGAAUCGUCCUCGCACAUCUGCCCCUACUGUAACAGGGAGUUCACGUACAUCGGGAGCCUGAAUAAACACGCCGCCUUCAGCUGUCCCAAAAAGCCGCUCUCCCCGUCCAAAAAAAAAGUGUCGCCUUCAUCCAAGAAAGGUGGACACGCGUCACCUGCCGGCAGUGACAAAAACGGCAGCGGCCACCGGCGCCGGACUGCAGACGCGGAGAUUAAGAUGCAGAGCGUGCAGGCUCCUCUGGGCAAGACCCGAGCGCGCAGCUCCGGCCCUGCGCCAGGCCCGCUGCCGUCCUCGUCCUUCAGGUCCAAGCAGAAUGUCAAAUUUGCAGCUUCGGUGAAGUCCAAGAAGCCCAGCUCCUCCUUGAGGAACUCGAGCCCUAUCCGGAUGGCCAGAAUAACGCAUGUCGAUGGGAAGAAGCCCAAAGCUGUGGCCAAGAGUCACUCCGCUCAGCUCUCGAGCAAGACGUCCCGGAGCCUGCACGUGAGGGUACAGAAGAGCAAGGCCGUCUUGCAGAGCAAAUCCGCUCUGGCCAGUAAGAAAAGAACAGACCGGUUCAAUGUAAAAUCUAGAGAACGGAGUGGGGGGCCGGUCACCCGAAGCCUCCAGCUGGCAGCCGCUGCCGACCCGGGUGACAGCAGGAGGGAGGACAGCGGUGGCAAGCAGGAGCUGAAGGACUUCAGAAUUUUGACAUAAGCGUUUAAAGGAAGUAGCUGUUGGUUCGGUUGGAGGCACGAAGAAGGGUCACUGCUUUGGCUGCCUCAGACCUGAAUUCCCAGCUUUUGUGUCAGUCCUAGGACUCACCGAGUGGUACCGUUUCUUGAAUAGGGCCGAUUGCGAGUUGAAUUUGAGACCAUGAGAAGCUCUCAAAGGUACCCUCUUGUGAAAAGAUGAAAUCCUCUCACACUUCCUUCAUAUCUUGGGUAAUUUCUCAGUGCCACUUGUAUUAUUUCCAGAUCAUAGAUCAUUGCUUUAUGGUUAAGGUUGGAUCACCGAGUUCGUUGAAACCACAUCGCAAUCUUGUUUAAUACUUCUGUGACUGGAGUCACAGAGACUGUAGUUAUAGUAAUUGAGCAUGCUUUUAUUAUUCAUGCUUUCUUUUUGUGUGUUUUAAUUUGAAAAAAGUUGCCUCAUUGGUUAAAGCAAAAACACGACACCGUACUCCUUUUAAGAUGCCUUAUGUCCCCCACCCCCACCCCCAGCCCACUCCCGUCUCCAGACAUAGGAUAAAAUAAACAGGCCAGAUUCUGAAGAAAGACGAGGAGGGAGCGCUGAGAGCCUGGCAGUGGGACAGCGAGAGCCUGGCAGGCCCCCGGGGCAGGUGUGGCAGCCCAGGGCAGGUCAGCCCCCACGCGUCCGCGCCUUUGUUCCCCUAGUAAUGGCGGAAGAUGACUUCUUAGGUUGGAGGUUGAUUUCAGUGUUUUAUUCUGUGUCUUCCCUGUAUUAAAAACUCUUCUCAGUGACACGUUAAAAACACAGGGCAAUAGUUAAAUUUGUCAUAUUGACUUUUCAGACUUUUUCAAGUCACUCAACCCGAGGUGAUGUGCAUUCUCGGAAUUCCUAUUUCCUGGAAUAAAGCCUACAGGUGAAACCCACGUGAAAUAGUCAACAUGAGAUAGAAUUUCCACAAGAUACUUUAAAAUCUUGUCCUUUCAGAGUAAUGAGCUGCUCAGCUCUAGGCGUUCUUGGCUAUAACUUUGAGUGAAAACUCUGAUGUUUCAGGCAAACCAUUAGAAUGAAUUCUGGGAGAGUGAGUGCAGUUUGGAGAGGUCACGAGGACUCGGAGGUACGGUUAUCACUGCACAGUUGAUAAGGUGGAGUUCUUGGUGCUGGUGUGCCUUAAGUCCUGGCUAAAGAAAAAUAAAGAGAAGGAUCAUUAGCCAAGGCUGAUUGGAAUGAUUUACUGUAGGCAUCAAGGGUCACGUUUUAAAAAAGCGACUUUCGUAAGUGAACUAUAAAUAAUCCCAGUUACUAUAAUUCCGGUUCAGCAUCUGGUCUUUGGCCAUGGCAUAUGCAUACAUACCAUCUUGGAGCUUAGCCCUGGUGAAAAUACGCACCUGUAUAUCAGCUGUUCAAGCUGCCUACCUGUAGCAGUGUAACUGUUUGUACUCCAUCUGUGUUUGCGAAGUUCCACAACAACAGGAUAUUCUUGAACCGACUCCUUUUCAAGGUUAAAGAACCGGAAAAUGCCAUCAUUUUCACUGACUGUACUAAAAAACAUCUCCCAUGUGGUUAAUGCUUUAGAAUGUACUCUUUGCAUCCCUUUUUGUCUGCAGUGUUACGUGAAAGAAUCACUUAUUUUGUACUGGAUCCCAUUUAUACAGUUCAAGGCUGAGGUUAUACAAAAUUACUUAUAAAGAUAAACUCUCUGAAUAACUAUACAUUUAUGAAGUUCGUUCACUUAGCCUCUAUACUCAUCCAGUGCUUUUUGAAGAACCCUUAAAACUGCAAAGGACCAAAGUGCCUAAUAAAAUUGUGUCUCUCUUUUUUGCUCCAGUUAAUCUUGAUUAUUUCAUUUUAUUUGAUAGUUAACAGAGGGUUACAUUGCUGGAAUGGAUUUGGCCUAAAAGGCAGCACUGAAGAGUCUGAUAAGAAAACACUGCUGUGGUUUCUAACGGGUAGAUGGUGGCAGCAGGGGUCACUGGAACUGUACUGUGGGUACAUCUGAACGAAGGACGUCUGUCUGACGUCGGGGGGUGGGGGGGUGGAGGGAGAGUGGGGUGCUGCUUCCAGGUGACCAUAAAAUUUGGGAAGUAAAGAAACAAACAGGUUCCAUAGGACAUCAUAGUUUAAUUAGCCGGACACAAGAGUGGGGGCAGUUCUUCAGAGAGUUUGUUGUGGCCGUCGGUAGCACCUUGUGCAUUUGUUCUAAGGCUGGGUGGGAUUCCUGCUCUCCAGCCUCCGAAGGUGGGGCUGGUCAUCACUGUCCAGUGCAGAGCUCUUAGAAAGCCCGCCUCAUCCUCCUCCCGUGCCGGGUGUGUUACACUGGAAAGGAAUUGUGUUAGAUGUAGUCUUCGUCCCUUCUCGGUAUAUUUCUGCUUGUAAAUUUUAUUCAGGGAUGAUUUCAUGGUGCAUGUUUAGAAAUACUUGCUUUGCAUUUGUUUUCAGUGAUUUUGCUUUACUUAGCCCUUUGCAUAUUCAAGGACUUGCACGAAACUGGCAGCACAUCCCUUUUCCUGCGUGUUCCUUCGUAACAAACUGUGAUUAAGAGCUAGUCCCCAGCGCUCAGACAUUUUACAUUGGAAUGCCAGUUGAGGAUUCCACAGUUUCUCAAGCCAUGUGAAUGAAGUCAGAGUUUCCCACUGAAUGCUGAGGGCUCAGCAGACUUUGCCAGUUGGUCAUUUCCUGGAGCACAAGACAUGGUGCCAGUCAGGGUGUAAGAAAGGCAUGUGUUCCACAUCCUCCUCUUAGGACUGGGCAGCGGAGGACAGCAGGCAUACCACCCGUCUUUAGCUUGUCCUGUGACAGCUCUCAAUCCCCCGUGGACCCUGCCCUGUGUUGGGCUCACCUUGCACAGUUAGUGGCCAGAGCCCGCCUGCAUGCUGUGGGACUGAAGUUAGUUUUGUUGCUGAGGGCUCAUUGCCACCUGCUACAACAGGAAAGAGGUACAUCCUCCGCCCCUGGCCAUCUUUUUGGUCUUCGUAAAUUCCAAGGUGUUCUUCCAUUCUUUAAUGCUUUUUUUAGAGCAGCUUAAGUAACUGUGUUCUCGUUAAACACUUAAAGAUGGAGAAGCAGCAUGAACUACCAGACCAUGUUUUCCCCUUGGCCGUGAAUGAAUUGAUUGAAAAAACGCUGCGAUGCUGUUUUCACAUACCUGUCUCUGCCACUCACCGCUCCAAAGAGACCUGCUCGUGGUCCCUCCCAGCCUCUCUCGAGUAGGCUACCCAAGUUCCUGUGCACCUUCAGAGUCAUUCUGUCAGCUGUCCUAACGACAUUUGUUGAACGGUCUUUGCACCGUUCAGUUACCACGGUCAGGUCAUGUCAGGUGAGGUUAUGUUGCCAUUCAUCUUUAGUUUCCUUAUUUUCUAGGAGCUUCCUAUAGAAAGCCCCCCAAAAGCAAACCUUUAAUUGGCUAAAUAAAGAUACUGCAUGUUCAACUUAGGAUAAGCACUACAGCCAAAAGGAUAUGAGAUCUCCCACGCUUGCAAGACCAGUUGAAGCUGACUCAAAAAUCCUAACGCAGGACUGACGCAGGCUUCUCGUUGCCCUGGUUAGGCUCGGGUCUCUGCUGCUUUGCUGGGGCCCAUCGCCACGGCACUGGGGGCUCAGAUCUGAGCGCGGCUCCGGGUCUUCGCACGGCAGAAAAAGGAAUGUUUGGAACUUAACCUUGCCAGAGCAAGUUCUGGUUUAUGAGUAGUUCUCUGUAGAUUUCAGGGAUGACAGAUUCUGAUGCACUCAUUCUAAAAACGUUUUGGUCGCACACCAGCUCUUGAUGCCUUUCUUUUAAAUGAGUUCUAUACAGAGAGGCAUUUAGCUUCUCUCAGCUUGUGUGUUCUUUUUGUUUUUGAAAUAUGUAUCACAAGCAGAUUGCCAGCAUAAUGGAGAGGGAACCAGAUUGGAUGUGGACUGUUUUUUAAUGCUUCUUCCAGUGUCAUGUUCAUAUAUCCAAAUGGACAUUAUCCUCUCAGAUGAUUAUCUGGCACUAAUUUAGAACUAUUGUAUUAUUGGAGACUAUGUAGCAAUAUAUAUCCGCACCCAGGAUGCACCACAGGCCUCUAUAGAUGUAUGUCUACACGUAAGUAUAAAUGAAUUUACAUGCCAGGUUUUACACUUCUGUCUCUUAAGAGAGAGCAACAAACCCACAAAUUGGCCUCUUCCCGAGUGGCUGUGUCGUUUCUCUGUGCAUUCUAUGCCUUUCCCUUAAUCGAUGACUGAGUUGGUGGAAAAUGGCUUGGUUUUAUUCAUGUUGGUUUUUUUUUUUGUUGUUGUUCUCAACUUUAAAAGUAAUCUACCUCUGAAAAUGUGUAGUUUGAUGCUUGUUUGGUGAAUUUGUGCCACUUUAACCCUUUCGCGACCAUUCCCGUUUUGUUACAUUUCUGUUAUGGGGACUUUAUGUUGAAAUGUUGUACAAAGCAUUUGUAGCAGUUUAAAAAUAAAAUAUUUAAAAUUAUUUAAAUUGUUUUGGACACUUCAAUUGUAUUAUAUGUGAUUUACAUUUUACAUUUUUGUUGGAGUUGUUAAUCUGGAGAGUGUUCUUGUAUUGAAGUUUGCUGUUAGUUACUUUAUUGUUUCUUCUUGGAGAGUGAUAUCAAAGACUAUUCUAAUGAAAACAUUAAAAUUUACAAUUUGACAUA